AUGACCAUAACCAAAUACGUCAGCCUUUUUCUCUGUGCAUCUGACCCUUGUUACGCCAGUCUGCAAGAACACGUACCCCCCUCAAAAGCAGGUCACCCGCCGACCCUCCUCCGCGACCUGCAAAAGCACCGCGAGCGAGAAUCGGGUCAGCCUCCAGGUACGCUAUUCCCAGGUCACAGGGACGCUCGAGCACCACCAGGUCCUUCUCCGCCACCUCCUCCUCCUCCAAGCAGAGAUGGGGAAGGUCGACCUUGGAGCUGGAGGAGAAGGUCGUCGACGCAAGGGGCACCCAGGUCUGAUUCUGGGUUUGGUCAGCUGGUGCGGGUCAAGAGGAAAGCCAUCGACUCCACGCACUUGUGGCCAGACGCGCUUGUCCCCUACACGUUUCAGAGGCACACGUGGCUUGCAAAGUGCAACUUGAACCGGAAUCCUUGCAAGAACGAAGGUUACUUGGGAGAAGGUUGCACGUGCAUCUGCCCCCCCGGCUCGGAGGGUCGACUCUGCGAAAUCGUCACGGGAGGAUAUUACGAUCACCUGAAAAGCCCGUGCAGUGUGGAGGUGAAGUACCCGACUGUCAUUACUUCACCUAAUUACCCUAAUCAUUACGACGCAGGCACCUGGUGCGUGUACCGGCUGCAGGGCGAGGAGUGCCACGCCCCAGAGAUCACCAUCCACGACUUCCAGAUGGGGCCGAGGGACUUCCGAGACCAGUGCUUCCAUGACUACCUCGAGAUCAGGAAUGACACGCUCUACGAUGGGGUCAUCAAGUGCGGGACGGACGUGGCUCGAGGCACGCGCUGGGUCGCCUCAAGCAACACCAUGAUCCUAUACUUCAAGGGCGACGAAGGGGGGCAUCGAGGAUUCAAGGCCACGGUGUCCUUCAACCCGAUUCCCGGAUGUUGCAGGACCCACACCAACUCCUCGGCCUUCUUCCUGCACACGCCCGGCUACCCGAAUCCGUACAAUGCGGAUUUCCAUUGCACGUACGCUGUGCCGCCGGAAGCCCCAGCAAAGGUAGUGGUGUCUGUGGUGAAGCGGGGAGGAGUCGAGGGCGGAGAUCAGUGGACCUGCUCCCUCAGGCUCUGUCAACCUCACGGCCGAUGUAAUAGGCACUGCCGCGGACUAAGAAAACAGGGAUUGUCUCAAGAACAGACCAAAGAGGUUGUGUUGCCCAAUGUUGCUUCGUUGCACCACCUGCAAUACAGCGGCGACCCGCCCCUGUUCAACGCAGAAUAUGCAGCUUAUCAAGUCGCCUUUGUAUUGGAGGAAUCGCCCUGUCACAAGAUCUUGACCGUGAACCGCACCGAACCGCAAGGCUGGAUCACCGUCGGCCCGCGGUUCUUUGAGCUGGUUCAGUGCGAGUGGUGGAUCGAGGCCGCGCGAGGAAGCCACGUCAAGCUGAGUAUCGUCGACCUCCAGCUGCCGGUCCACGAGGAUUCCUACCUGGUCGUCAACGAGGCAGGGGAGUCGUCCUACCCGCCCGUCACGACCCGAGUGUACCCUGGCGACGGGGGAAACGUGCCCAAGUCCUGCGUGUCCCUAGAGCACAAGUUGUCGGUCGUACUGCAGGGGGAUUUCAACACGGAGGUCACCCUGAAGUAUGAGCUCUACGAGUGCAUAGACAAGGACGAAGAGUGCGAGUACUGGGCCGUCAACGGAGAGUGCGAGAAGAACCCGUUAUGGAUGAAGGUUUUCUGCAAGAAGUCCUGCUUGCAAUGUGAGUUCACGACCCUCUGCGACGACAACCACAACGACUGCGAGUUCUGGGCAAGCCACGACCAGUGCGAGGAGAACUACCUGUGGAUGCAAGUCCACUGCAAGCGCUCCUGUGGCCGAUGCGACGAGUGCUGGGACGCCAACAUCCUGUGUCCUGAGUGGGCCAACCUCGGGGAGUGUGAAGGAAACCCGCCCUACAUGAACCGCUUCUGCAGAAAGUCCUGUGGCCUUUGUCUCAACCUUGUCGCGACGACGGCGAAGCCCUCAGCUGGCCUGACUUCGGCGCCGUCGUUCCUCCCGACCGUCGCAGGGCCUCGCUCUACGACCACCCCCACCACGACCACCACGCCGACGCCCCCGACGCUCACUCCCAAGCGCAGGCCGGGCAAGAAGGUCGUCCUCCCCUCGAGUCGCAAGGGGAAGGACGACAAGGAGAACGAGACCUCGAAGCCCUCCAAGAACAAGGUCUCGAAGCCCCCGAGGAAGCCCGACUUGGAGCAGUACGAGAAGAACGACGUGAACAGGAUCUCGGAGGGCAAGCGGAAGCCCAAAAUCUACAACCAGAAGCCACACGGCAAGCCCAGGGUCAAGAAGCCCUUCAGCAAGCCCCGUAGUCCAAAGCUGUUCAGGAUGAACAACUCGGUCGUGGACCAGGGACCCGAAGGAGGCAGACCGCCAGUGAACAGGAAUCUUCUGAAGGGCAACCAGACGCUGUCGUCUCCACACAACAGGCAAGGAGGUCCCCCUAGAUCGAAGAAGAAACCGGACCAGGCGAGACCAAACCUCAAGGCCGAGAAUGAUUUGGACCAGGGACCUGCCACCGUUCGAGGCGAAAGACGCCACUCGCCCUGGCAGUCCAAGCCGAGAAAGGGGCUUCCUCAUCCCAGGCCGACCACGACGCCGCCGGACGUGCCUCGCCACUCUGCCCUCACAUCAGAUGCAGUCAGCGAGUCCAGCGAAGAGACAGAUGGAGGAAAUGAAACCCUGGCGCACGGAGGGGAUUUCAAGUCCCAGGGUCUUGCUGGAACGAAGGAUGCUGCCCGUAAUGAGGCCUCAGUACACCCACACGCUUGUAGAGACCGGCCAGGAGGAUACAUAUGUGGAAGCAUCAGCCCUUCCAAUAGUAAAGGAGGAAGGACGAAUCCUUACAUGAAGAGAAAUCCAAACAAUUCCAUUUUCAGAAGGAAAAACAACACAAACGACAGAAGGAAAGUCAACGGGACAAAACUCCACGGCGGACGCGUCCAGAUGAAGAAGCACAAGAGGCAGAAGAAUCGCGGAAGAUUGCACAACAGAGACAACAAAGCCGGAAGGAAUGUCACGGGCAGAGGUUUCCCGUCGACACACAAGCAGAAGAAGAAGUUUAAGAAAGGGAAGUGGAGAGGGCGCGACUGGAGGCACCGGUCCCGCCGCCCGAGCAAGGGAGGCCAGCGAAGCAAGCAAGAGCCUUCUCAAGUAAGAAAGACGCAGCAGGCAGAUGAUCUCGAGCGAGAAGCGGUGCGAGGACACCGGCGCUGGAACAGAAACAAGGGGAGACAGGCUGGAAGAAUUCAUCCAAAGAAGCACAAGGGAAGACGUCCUGGUCAGAACAGAAUCAACAACUCCACUGCACAGUCUAACAGAAACCAAGUACCCAACACAACCCCAACUCCCAUAAAAACUCCCAAACACACAAUCAUUUCAGUCUCUACCACAGAGGCAACAAUCACAACUACCCUUACUCCUACAACGACUCAGAUCCCACUUACUUCUAAAUCUACCCAAGUCCCAUCUAUCCCAACACCUACAGAACCUACCACACUUAAAAUUGACUCAUUAACCACUGAUACACCGAUUGCUGACCUACUUUCCACUGACCUACCCAUCGUAGAUUCCUCCGUACCUCAGACGCCCGUGCCAGAUGUUCCGGAUUCUGUCUCGCCCAGGCCUAGCAUACCCACCAAUACGACAGCGAAACCCAGGCUUAUUACAACUACUCCGCGCAACAACAGGACCUUGCCCACACGUCGAAAGAAUAAGCAUUCUCGGAAAAAAGGUCAACGGCGCAGUUCUCACCAAGGUCCUAAUCAUCACCAGCCGUCCUCCACCCCGAGACCUUUCGCGAAAAACGCAACUGUUUCCUCUACCCAACAACAGUGACGUCGCUGAAGAAGAAACGGCGUUGGCUCCACAGGGAGAACAUCCCCAUAGACACAACCACCACGGAAAGCGGGGACGUCGACGCAAGAUUGGCAAGGACGGAGCGCAACAUGACAAGAGCAAGGAGGGUUCAGGGCACAGGUUUGG